AUGAUCCAACUCUACUUCCUUCUGUUUCUCAUUGUGGCCAUCAGAGGAUGCAGUGCUGCUGUGAGCAAUGUUGUUUCCGAGGAAUGGACCUGGUCAUCAUUGUAUGCAUCUCUGCCUAGAAGCUGCAAAGAAAUCAAAGAGAAAUGCUUUAAUGCACAUGAUGGCCUGUAUUUCCUCCGGGCCAAGAAUGGUGCUGUCUACCAGACCUUCUGUGACAUGACCUCUGCGGGUGGUGGCUGGACCCUGGUGGCCAGUGUGCACGAGAACAACAUGGCUGGGAAGUGCACGGUGGGCGAUCGGUGGUCCAGCCAGCAGGGCAACAGAGCAGACUACCCAGAGGGGGAUGGCAACUGGGCCAAUUACAACACCUUCGGGUCUGCAGAGGCGGCCACCAGUGACGACUACAAGAACCCUGGCUACUAUGACAUCCAGGCUGUGGACCUGGGCAUUUGGCAUGUGCCCAACAAGAGUCCCAUGGAGAACUGGCGGAACAGCUCUCUGCUGAGGUACCGCACCACGACUGGCUUCUUCCAGCAUCUGGAACAUAAUCUGUUUGGCCUCUACCAGGUACACAGACAGGGCUGUUGGCUGGGGAGCACUUAA